GUGGGAAUUGUCUUUCGGCCUUCGUAAGAAAAUAAAAAAUUGAAAUUUCGAUGCCUUUUGAAAGCGGGUGAAUGUUAAAGGUACUGGCAUUGCUGCGCUCCUCCAACGCAUUCAUAAGCAGUAGCCGGCGGUGCUAUAUUUCACACCCAUCAAAACGGUGCUGUUUCAUCUCCACAAUCAAGAUGUCGACGGAGGCUUACCAGUUCGGCCCUUAUACAAUCGACGCAAAGGAAGUCUUUUGUUCCACCAAUCUCUCCUUUGCCAUGGUCAACUUGCGCCCUGUGGUUCCUGGUCAUGUGCUUAUCGUCCCAAAACGUGAAGUGAAACGUGUUGUUGAUCUCACUGCCGAGGAGACUUGUGAUUUAUGGCUCAUGGCACAAAGAGUUGGCAAACAACUUGAAAUUUACCACAAAGCUUCAUCACUCACAUUCACUAUUCAAGACGGGCCUGAGGCUGGACAGACUGUCGCCCAUGUUCACAUCCAUAUUCUGCCACGGAAAAGUGGUGACUUUGAGAGGAAUGAUGAGAUUUAUGAUGCAAUAGAUGUGAAGGAGAAGGAAUUGCAGCAGAAGCUUGAUUUAGACAAGGAAAGGAAGGACAGAAGCUUUGAGGAGAUGACACAGGAGGCAGAUGAAUACAGAUCGCUUUUCAUAUAGAUAUGCAUUAAAGUUUCCUCCAACAUCCCUUGGGGCCUGGACACUUGUGAUCACAUGAACUGAUCUUUAACACUGUGUUGAAAGAUAAAAAGUGAAAAUAACAGUAAAGAGGUAUUUCUCCAUUUCAUAUAUUUAUGUGUGUGAAAAUAAUCUAACAAGAAUAGAACACCUAAACUGUCGUCAUCUAUGAGACUGAUGAUUGAUACAUCUUAUGGUUCUAUUUAUCUGUAUGUUUAUUAUAUGGUAUUACAUGAGUAUAUGCAUUCUUGUAUGCAAACUGGUUUGAUGUGGCGGUUAUUGUAUUCAAGAAACGUCUUUAUUUUCAAUAUAUGAGCAUUGUCUGCA